ACAAAACCAGCCCCAACAUGCUGGUAAGGAUGCCAAUGUCGUCCUGUGAAUUAUUGAAUUCUAACGAGCAAUACCGAAUACACUGACAUAAGAAAUACCGUCGUUGUUCUGCCCAUUCCGGACAUCCCCUUCCUGGAGCAGAUAGAUACUUGGAGUUAUCCUCAACAAUUGUCAUACGCACAAGGAACUGCAACCUAAUGUAACUCUUGUGAAAAAUGGCAAACUAUUUGAGAAAAUGUAUUUGGGUAGCGCUCGUUGCAAGCAGUUUAUUUAUUAUUUCUCAGUUUUGGCUGAUGCGCACCUACGAGGAUUAUGAAAUACUAUUUGAAGAUAUCAAGGUUCCAGUGAUACUGUGGUGGACACCUUUCACCGGAAAUCAGGGUCGAUUGGAAAACUGCGGUCAAGUCAAGUGUUAUUUCACACAGAAUCGGAACUUUGUAUCGCACAAUUUGCUCAGCACCAUUUUAUUUUAUGGUAGUAGUAUUGAAUUCGAAGAUUUACCUUUGCCGCGGAGAGGUAGUAUUGACUGGGGACUACUGCACGAAGAAUCACCUAGAAAUAUUCCGACGCUAACAUCGGAAACUGCUCUUUCUUUAUUCAAUCACUCAGCAACUUUUAGUCGGUUUAGUGACGUACCACUGACUUUAGUUGAUUUAGACAGUGAAGAAGACUUGAUAGGAACAAAAUAUUUUGUAUCAUUAGAGAAGAAAAACAGAUUAAUAAGGGAGAAACAACUCGCACCAUUUCUGUACAUUCAAUCAAAUUGUGAGACAGCCAGCAUGAGAGAUUUGUACAUUAAGGAACUCAUGCAGUAUAUUUCCAUUGAUUCUUAUGGUGCGUGUUUAAAUAAUAAAAAACUCCCAGAAAGCUUGAAACGAGACCAUGUGAGCUCCUUAAAAGACAGUGAAUUUCUGUCGUUGACAUCUCAGUACAAAUUUACGCUAGCCUUUGAAAAUGCUGUUUGUGAUGAUUAUAUUACUGAAAAAUUAUGGAGACCGCUAAUGGUUGGAUCAGUACCGGUAUAUUAUGGCUCACCAUCUUUCAAGGAUUGGCUACCGAAUAAAAAUUCAGCUGUAUCCGUGAGAGACUUUGCAGGGCCUAAGGAACUUGCAAAUUUCUUGCUGCUGCUGGCAACAGAUGAAUCGCGCUAUCGCGAGUAUAUCUCGCACAAGAUAUCUAGAAAUCUCAACGAACGAAUAACGAAUCCUCGUCUACGGAAUGCUCUUCGUAAUCGGGACAAAAGUGUCCCGAAUGAAUUUGGGAAUUACGUCCAGUCAUUUGAAUGCUUAGUCUGCCAAAGAUCAUUCGAUAAUGCAAAUUCUUACAUUGUCAAUAAGGAGCACUACAAUUGCCCGCUACCCGUGAAUCCGCUGACCAAUACAGUAGAUAGAAGCAAUUUUUGGGUGGAUGAAUUCAUCGUUGGUAGAUGCAAAGCAAAAUUAUUGGCACAACUAGUCUUGCGUAAUAUCAGCAUUGAUCGAGAGAGUUUUCAUCAACAAUUGUUAACAUUCAACCCAGAAAGAGAUUGCUGAUAUAACAACAUUGUUCUUAAUUAUGAUUUUGCGAGGGUAACACUUCUAUUCGGGUAACAGUCUAGACGUGGAAAGGAUCGAAUUGAAUGGUUCAAUACCAAAGUUUUCACAAUCAGUGACGACAUCCAUUGAAUGAAACUGACUGCAAAUCGAGAAAAUUAUUUCCUAAGUGACAAUGUACAUUAAAAUUAACACAGAUACAUCGAUUGGAUGAAUAAUAUACUGAAUCCUCAAUUUCGUCCACUGCACAAGAUAGAACUUGAUGCGACCCU